GCGCUUCAGUUUCAGGCAAGUUGUCGGCAAGAGGAAAUUUUGCAAGUCAUGGUGGGCCAUUCAAACCGAGAAGGGAGUGACAACCAUUUAGAUAUCUAAGAAAUUAAGUGCGUAGUUGCCUGAAAGUGACUCAUUACCGUGGCUGUGUAAGCAAAUGGAGGCAUUCUGAGUCAUCUGUAAGAAAACUCUCCCUGAGCUGGACGAAUAGAUACGUUGGAUAAAAGGUGGACAUUAUUCAGGCAAAAAUAUUUUCAUCAAGGACAACAAACAAGGAAUACAAUUUAUUUUACUUUCCUCUUUGGUUUUGGUUUUUAGAAGCACAUGACUGGAAAAAGGAGAGUACCCUUUUGCUUUGUGUCUUUCGCUUAAAUUUGCUUUUGGUGUUUAUUAUAUAAAAGGCUGACUGUGACCUAAAUUGGUUUGGUAUUUGUGUGUAAUUUUUGUUUUUGCUUUUUAGUUAGUUUUGAGAUUUUUCCUUUUUUUGUUCCUUUGCAAAGAAAUGCUUUACUUGAAAAAGUACUUCACAGAGGGUCUCAUUCAGUUCACUAUCCUCCUGAGUCUAAUUGGGGUACGGGUGGACUUGGACACUUACUUGAAUAAUCAGCUCCCCCCACUUCGUGAGAUCAUCCUGGGCCCCAGCUCGGCCUACACCCAGACGCAGUUCCACAAUAUCCGUAACACCCUGGACGGCUAUGGCAUACAUCCUAAAAGUGUGGACCUGGACCAUUUUUUUGCCACUCGCCGGUUGCUGAACCAGGUACGCUCGCUGGAUCAUCUGCGUGUGCCCACCACCGAGCUGAGUGCCUGGCUGGUGCAUCGUGACCCUGAGACUGUGGUUUCGGCGACCAGCCAGUCCGGCCCCAGCAUUGCCCUGGACAAUGGGGGCAGCCUGGAGGACGUGAACAAUUCUGAAGCCUCGGCCAUGAGAGGGGCUGGCGGUGCUUCUGAGACCACUUCCAGCCUCGGUGGAGAGGACAGUCUGGGAGCCGUGGCCCCUGAGGACAAUCAGGAGCAAGGGGACAGAGUGAGCAGUGACGACCUCUCCAAAGAGGACAUUGACCUCAUAGACAUCCUUUGGAGGCAGGAUAUCGACCUCGGUGCUGGACGAGAAGUAUUUAACUAUAGCAAUCGACAGAAGGAGAGUGAGGCUGAUAAACCUAAUGAAGAGAACGAGAAGGCAGAUGGAAGAGAGGAAAGCUGGAGAAAUGGACUCAAUCUACAAGCAGUGCAGCAGAGCCUAACUCAUGUUGAUGGAGAGACAGGAGAGAGCAUACCUGAGGAGCUCACCAGUCUUGGUGCUCAAACUUCAUUAUCCCUGCAGGAAUGUCUGAGGCUUCUGGAGGCCACCUUCCCAUUUGGAGAGGAGCCAGAGUUCCAGACCACUGGUUCCACAUCACAGCUGAGAACUGCAAUUGAGGAAACUCCCUCUACAUCACAGGGGCUCCCUCUACAAGCCCCUCCAUCCCAGUCUGAUACACCACUAGACCUGGAGCAGCAGUGGCAAGACAUCAUGUCUAUAAUGGAGCUGCAGGACAUGGAGGUGAACAAUACUGCAGUAAAUGUCACCAUGAAUAAUGACCUCAAUAACAACAAUGCCAGCACUACAGAAUCAACCACAAUGGGGAGUUUUGGUCUCCCGCAAUCCAGUCUCAUUAACCAGGAUGUUAACCUCCACCAGGCUUCACUUCCCAGCUGCAGCCAGGACUUCCCAACACUCUUCAACCCUGAGUUGGAUUCCGCUGGGGGUCAGCGGCCUACCUUAGUCAGGCAUUCUUCCAGCAAUUCCUCCAACAUCAAUUCAACAUUUGGAGCUACUAACCUGACUGGACUCUUUCUCCCACCACCUCUAAACAGUACAGCCAACCUUACCACCACUCCUGUGCUGCCAGACCCUUUCACCAGCCUGCUGGAAGAGUCUAUGCUAGAUGAAAUUAGCCUGCUCGACCUUGCAAUGGAAGAGGGCUUUAGCCAAGCCCAGGCUUCUCAGCUUGAGGAUGAGCUUGAUUCAGACUCCGGUCUUUCAUUGGACUCCAGCCAUAGCCCAGCCUCUCCCAGCAACUCUGAGACAUCCUGCUCAUCUGCGCCGUCGUCCUCGUCCACCUCUGCCACAUUCUCAGAGGAAGGAGCUGUAGGCUACAGCACUGAUUCUGAGGCAGCCACAGCCGAAGCGGAGGAAGGCGCAGUCGGAGGCUACCAACCAGAGUAUAGCAAGCUGUGCCGCAUGAGCUACCAAGAUCCCUCUCAGUUCAAUGGCAUACCACAUUUGGAAAGUAUCAAUCACAACCACACCUACAAUCUACCAUCCUAUUCCGAGCGCUCUCAGUUGUCUGGAUCCUGCAGCAAGAAAUACAGAGACAAGCAAAUGCAGCAAACAAAGCUCCAACCACCACUAGACUGUGUGGACAGGCAGUCAAGUCGUGAUGAACGCAGGGCAAGAGCCAUGGACAUCCCAUUCUCCAAUGAGAAGAUCAUAAACCUACCUGUUGACGAGUUCAAUGAGCUUCUGGCAAAGCACCAUCUCAACGAGGACCAGCUCUCCUUAAUUCGUGACAUCCGCCGUCGUGGAAAAAACAAAAUGGCAGCCCAGAACUGCCGCAAGCGCAAGCUGGACACCAUCCUCAACCUUGAGCAGGGUGUGCAGGAUCUGCGAUGCGAUAAGGCUCAGCUGCAGAAGGAGAAGAUGGAAUGCCUUAAGUGCAUAAGACAGAUGAAGCAGAAGUUUCAGAAACUUUGCCAUGAAGUGUUUGCACAACUACGGGACGAGGAAGGCAGACCCUACUCUUCUAGUGAGUACUCUCUGCAGUGCAGCCCUGACGGUAGCGUUCUCCUCGUGCCUCGUAGCAUGACUGCAGAACAAGGCCACAAGCCUGACAAGAAGCAGAAGGACAAAAAGAAGUGAGGAGCUUGAACUGCUGCCCUUUUAUGUUUUGCAAAGGCACUACCAUAAAAAAGUAUUUUAAAAGGCAAGGAAGCCUUUUUCUUUGAAAAGAAUCUAGCAAGGAAAAGAAAAUUGCAUCAUUGAUUACUCUUCCUGCUUUGGGUUUUCUUUGUUCCUUUUCGGUUCAGAAGUUUUCUCCUGAAAGCGGCAUUAAAGCAGAUGUGCUUUAUGUAGAACUGAUUUUUUCAUUGAUGUACAUGCAUUGAGAAAGAUUUGAGCGAAGGAUACUUUCAGAUGAACUGCAAGAAUUGUGGAGAACGUGAGGGGUUGGAGGGCAAAGUUCCCUCUCAAACAAAGGACACUGGCAAGAUGCCCUUGUGAUUAAUUGGAAAGGCUGACAAGUGGUCCCAAAAUGUGGCCAAUGAAAAAAUACAUGAAAUUGGAUUGUUAGAAUUUUUAGCAUUGGCCUGAGCUCUGCUGAUUGGGCGUACCCUGGAAUUACAUUGGUGGUUGAGGAAGAACCCCUUGAUUCUGAGAUCUUGAAGAGAAGAAGGAAGAAGAGAGCCUGCUAGGCUGAGCAUGAAUGCUAAAAGUAUUGAGAAGCCUAAAGAAAAUAAAGGCAUGCCAAUACUAACCAAAGGUUGUGUUGUACGAUUCUCUUUUUCCCACAACAAAAUCAUACUGUUCACUCUGUGGAUUGAAAUUCACGUUUUCACUUUAAAAGAAAGAAAAUAGUACAUGCGGGUCAUUGGACAUAAAUCUCACCUGAAUUUUUUUUCCCGUACAUUCAAUACCAUUUGUCAUGGAACUGGGACAAUGGAACAAAUAGUGAAUCGGCUUUGAGGCUUAAGGAAAAGCAUUGGAUAAGAAGAGGUACAGAUGGAGGAUGGAUGCAGUCUGCAUUACUACUAAAUCAGCUUCUGUACCCUUUUCAGCACUGUAAAACAACACUGUAGUUUGCCUAUAAGCU